AUGCCGACCCCCCCAAAUGACGUUGGGGCCGUGCCCCCAUUGACAGAACCCCCUCGGAUUGUUAAUCCAAACCGCCGUCGGGAUAAGCCUCAACUAUCAUGUAAUCUCUGUCGACGCCGCAAGCUGCGUUGUGACCGCCAGCAUCCAUGUUCCUGCUGCACCGCCCGCGGUUUGGCGUGUACCUACCCCGAGAAGUCCCAAGCCAGCGGACCCGCGGCCCAUUUACCGAAGCCGGCGGCUAUGUACGAUAGGAUUGUACAGCUGGAACGUCUCGUCAAGUCUAUCGUCCCCGACCCCAAAACCGGGUCUCUGGACUCGGCUUCGGAUCUGGCAAGCCGGUUUGCCAGCCUGACCGGUUCAGCUGGAGCAGGAAUUGCGCCGUCGAUAUCGAAAUUGUCGAUUGCAGAUCCGCCAAAACCGCUGGACGUCCGCUCCGAAUACGGCAGUAUGCGGGUGAGCCCGUCCGAGUUGCGUUAUGUCGGCGGGGACCACUGGGCCGCCAUCCUGGACAACAUUGCCGACCUAAAAGACCACUUCGACAGAGAGGAACAGGACGAGCUGGCAGCCCCGUCGGAUAGUCAGCAGGGAAGUGAUGCGGUGGAGGGGCAGCUCGACGACGUGGUCGAGACCGACUUGGACCGGUUGGCGGUGCCCCAGUCGACCCACGCGCUGCUGUUGUACGGGUGCCCGCUUCCAACAUCGCGGUCUGAGAUCUUGGCUGCGCUGCCUCCGAAGAGUGCUGUGGAUCGCUACAUUUCCCGGUACUUCGGCCGCCUGGAUAUUGUUCAUUGUCACUUACCAACAUCACAGUAUAAUGCGUUCUGGGAAAACCCGAGCGGCGUCUCCAUCAUCUGGAUCGGCCUGCUCUUUAGCAUGAUGUGUCUGGCCGUGGUAGCCUCGGAUGCGUCAGACAUGGCGCACGGCGAUCCGGAACACCGCAGUGUCCAGGUGGCCAUCUACCGCGAGAAGACGGUGCAGUGCCUUCUCGCGGGCGAGUACACUAAGACCGGAGCAUACGUGUUGGAAACCAUCAUCAACUACAUCUAUCUCGAGCUUGGCGUCCGCGGGAAGGAUGCCGGGAAGGAUGUAUGGUUUCUGUACGCUUUGGAGCUCAACUUGGCCAUGCGGAUGGGGUACCAUCGCGACCCGAUCCACUACCCAGACCUGACGCCGCUCCAGGCGGAGAUGCGACGCCGGCUGUGGGCGACGGUGCUGCAGGGGGACAUUCUCGUGUCGAGCCAGAUGGGAAUGCCCCGCAUGAUCAACGACUGGAAGUACGACAUCACGGAGCCGCGCAACCUCAGGGAUGAAGACCUGAACGAGGAGAUGACGGAGCUGCCGCCGGUACGCCCGGAGACGGAGUUGACCCCCGCACUCGGCGUCAUUGCGCGGCGACGCAUGUUUGUCGCGCUCGGCGCCGUCUCAGACAUCACGGCUACCUGCCAACCCUGCAGCUAUGAUGAGAUCAUGCGGGUCGACAAGAUCUUUUCCGAGGCCAUCGCAAGCAUCCCCGAGCCGCUCCAGCCGAAACCCAUCGCCGCCAGCAUGAUGGAUCGAGCCGAGGUCAUCAUGGCUCGGAUGUUUCUUGCCCACCUAUCAGCCAAGGGCCAGAUCAUGCUGCACCGGCGCUUCUUGCACGUAGAAUCACCAUCCUCGCAGGAAGAAGACCCGUACGCUUACUCCCGCGAUGUCUGCCUCGACGCAGCUCUCAGGGGACUGGAGAUCCAGCAUGUCCUGGACGAAGAAACCCGUCCGGGCGGACAGCUGUAUAUGAUGCGGUGGCGGGUGUCGUCCAUCAUGAACAGCAUGUUCCUCACGGCGACCAUGGUUCUAUGUUCCAUGCUGUACCGCGGGCCGCAGACGGACCAGCAGCAACGGCAGCAGAUCCGACGGAAAGAGGAGAUUCUUGCUGCGCUGCGACGGACGCGGACGAUAUGGAUGGGUGCGGCCGCGCGGGGUUCACGGGAGGGGAAGAAGGCGGCAGAGACGGUGAGUUUUGUGCUGGCUAAGGCCGGU